AGAGGAAAUAUGGUUUUAUUUCAAUUUGUUAAAAAAUACACCGCAUAACUUUUCUAGUACGUCUGAUUGGAGGAGCUAAUAACGCUGAAGGCAGAGUAGAGAUUCUACACGAUGGCUCCUGGGGAACUGUCUGCAGCGAUUCCUGGGAUCUCAAGGAUGCCGAAGUUGUUUGCAGAAUGUUGGGCUUUGACGGAGCUUUAGGUGCUCCACUUGGUGCUCGAUUUGGAAAAGGAUCUGGGAGCAUCUUUCUGGAUAAAGUUCAGUGCCAGGGUACAGAAACUGACAUCGAACGUUGCGACCAUGACGGCAUUGGUGUACACAACUGCUCCCACAACGAAGAUGCCAGCGUAAUUUGCAUUCCUAAAGGCGGAACACCAGUCCAUACCAUUUUCCAUACAAAUCUGACGUUGACCAUAAUUAUCGGGCUUUGCGUAUUUCUUUCGAGCGUCUUUCUCGUGGCAACACUAGCAUAUUGUGUACGUAGGACUAUAAAAACAAGGGCAAGUAGGAAUUCGGACAGUUAUAUUCAUAGGGAUACAGUGUUUACACAGGAUACCGAUGUAUCCUCUACUUAUCAGGAUCUGAAUGCUCCUCCAAAACUCCCAGAACGACGUUUAAAGGUAUUGACUGAAAAUCGGCUGUUUGAGGACGAACGGAAGUUAUCUGAACGGAAGUUAUCUGUACUGAAGACCCCAAAAGGUGAAAACACCCACGACUAUAUGGAAACGACAUUUAUAAGCAAGACUGCCUCAUCGGCCAAUGAUGCAAGGACUGAUGCUGUAAGCCUCCCUGUUGAAAAUACACUAGACACAGAUACGUUGCCACAUGAUAUAGCGUUAACAUCCAAAGCAAUCUUCCAUUAUGAAACGUGUGAGCCGUUAGGUACUGUGCACAUUUUUGGACAAAAUGAUCCACACGAGUAUAUGGUUAUGAACACUGUAUACAAAACAAUUAAGACGGAAAAAGAAGUAGAUAUUGACGGAUAUCUUCUUCCAAGUAAAACGAGUGGAAAACCGGAACCCCCGUGUAGCGUUGAAAAGAAGAGGACACUACAACAGGAACGUACGAAACAAGAUUUAAUUCACAAGCACGUGGACAUAAAAACCAUUUGCCCAAAAUCCUCAUCGCUGGAAGAUGUAAGCAUAGAUGAAUAUGUUCUGCCCAGUGCUGUAGGACAUAACAAUGAUCGUAAUAGGUUUACAGAGGAUUCAUCAGAAAACAGCGAUUAUGAUAUUAUAGAUUAAGAAGAGAUACAACAGAUGAUUUGGACGUUACAUUGUUUAUUCAUGGACGAAAUUAGAGGAGGGGAAAAGAAUCUUCAGCAGCAAUCUUGCGUAUGCAUUUAAUAAAAUGUUUUCAUGGUUCUAUGCAUUGAAAUGAGGUAUAUGCAAGUC